AUGUUUCGCAAAAAUUUUAAGGCCACUAUUUUUGAGACAGCAUUCUCAAAAUGCUACCUCUCGGAUGACCGACCUCGGGAUGUGAAGAAGCCAGUCCAAUCCAGGUCAAUUCCAUAUUUAUCUUUUGAUGACGACUUGUAUCAGGAACAUGGAGCUCCGAAAGGAUCAAAGAUCUCUUCCAAAUUCAAAGCUGUGAAGCCUAUAUGCGAUUAUCUCGAUGAUGGUCCUACCUCACUCGAAUUUUGGAAGCAAUUCAAGAUGUUACCUACAGAUGUUCGAAACAAAAUCUACAAGCUCCUGAUUUUCGCUUGGUCACCAGACGCGCAAUGGGCUCGGCUUUCUCGUAAUGGAAGGCGGUUCGGAGUAUCAAGAAGAAACGCAAUACGUCGCCCUCUCCCCAUUUACCACUAUGUGUCAGAUGAUCUACUAGGUCUAGAAAAGGAGGACUUGACAGACUGGACGAGAGAUAAACACUGGAAGCAAUCAGAGGGGAUGCUAGACUUCUUCAAACUUAAUGAAUAUAGAAACAUUCAAAGGUUAGUAUGGUUUGUAGAGAGAGUGGAGUACGCCCUACAACUGGACGAGCGUAAAACCAAGAGCCAGACUGGGGAGAACAAAUUGAAAGGCAAAGAAAUUCAAGAGAAGGUUGCCAACGAUGAAUACAUUAAUCUGUGGAAAGAGGUUGUCGACUUUUUCUGGGAAAAUAUUAUCAUCGACUUUGGCGAACGUCUCCAUUACGGAACCAUUGCCUUGAAGGAAUGUACAGCAUCAGCAAUGUACAACGAAGGAUAA